AUGUCUACAUUCUCCGAUCUCACCCGCAAAGAGAAGCGCGAUAUAAUUCGCGGCGAGCCCUUCGACGGUGUACAAGUCACCAUGGCACCCAAGAGCAUUCGCGACCUCCUCGACACCCUCGCGAGCAUCCCCAACAACAAGUUGGCGACUACGCACCCCGCCUCCGCGUCACUCGCGCUCAUCGACGACAACUGGGGCGUCGACAUGACCUCCUUCCCUCCUCCUCCGCCUAUGUACGGCGGCCGCACCUUCCGUCCCGCUGGCGACGCGGCGAGUUGGGACUUGCGCCUGUUGGCGACUCUGGCGGUUCUGUCGGAGUUUACGCAGGGCCAGGGCGACUACAUGGGCGGCCAGAUCAAUUCGGCGGUAGAAUUGAGGAACAUCGACAAGAGGACGAAGAAGAAUCUUGGUGUGGUGUUUGCGGUGGAUGUGGUGAGGGUGAUUCGGGAUCUGCUGCAUCCUCUCAAUGAAGAUGAGUACAAGGAAGGCGCCCUUCCGGCAAGGAAGCGGAAGGCCGGCUUCAACGACCGCCGCCAGUCCGAGCGGAAGAACACGAAGGCCACCGAGCAGGCCGUAGACACCGACAUGCCGGUUGGGGGUGAGGCGAUGGAGAGGGUGGAGAAGAAGUUGAGGAAGACAAGGCUUCCCGACAAGGUCGAGUCUGACUCCGAGGAGGAGAUGUUGGCUCCUGGAGAGCGCAUGGUGUAG